GGGGGCCUGGCUAAGUCUGUUGUUUAGUUUCUCCCGGCGGUGCUGCUGCUGCUGCAUUCUCCGCUUCACACACUGUACCUGCGAGCAGGGCUCUGCCAACCGGUGGAGGAGGUAGCUGGACAGAUCAGAGUGAGAUGGCAGAGCCCUGAGCAUCCUGAUCCUGCUAUUUAUCAUUAUCAGUGCUGAUCCCGGGGACCUGCCUGCAUUAAUUUUGUGCAGGUAUGCUGCAGGUGCUCCAAGUAAGAGUCUGAGUGGCAGAUCAGUGGGAAGCAUAGUGACCUAUAGUGACAUUGAGUCACAGCCACCAUCAUGGGAAACGCCACUACCAAGUUCCGAAAAGCUCUUAUCAAUGGGGAUGAGAACUUGGCAUAUCAAAUUUAUGAAAGCAACCCACAGCUGAAAGAAUCCCUGGAUCCCAACACAUCCUAUGGUGAGCCGUAUCAGCAUAACACUCCACUGCAUUAUGCCUCACGAUAUGGCAUGAAUCGCCUGUUAAGGGCAUUCCUUUUUGUGAAGGACGGAAAUCCAAAUAAGCGGAAUAUCCAUAAUGAGAGCGCUAUGCACUUGCUCUGCAUGGGCUGCCACAUCAUGAUAUCGGAGGGGGGUGAUCACCGUGUGCCCAGGCUGGGAGAUGAUGACCGCAAAAGGGCUGAAUGCUUGCGAAUGAUCCUCGAGUGGAAAGGGGCCAAGUUGGAUGAAGGAGAGUAUGAGAGAGCUGCACUCGAUGCCACAGACAAUAAAAAAAACACACCCUUGCACUAUGCUGCUGCCUCAGGGAUGAAAACCUGUGUAGAGCUGUUGGUUAAAAGUGGAAGUGAUUUGUUUUCCGAGAACGAAAAUAAGGACACCCCCUGUGACUGUGCAGAAAAGCAGCACCACAAAGACCUCGCUCUGAAGCUGGAGUCGCUGAUGGUCUUCUUGCGGGACAGUGAGGCUGAUGAUAUUGAAGCUGAAUAUGCUGCAUUAGACAAGCGAGAGCCAUAUGAAGGAUUGCGUCCUCAGGAUCUACGGCGUCUUAAGGAUAUGUUGAUAGUGGAAACGGCAGACAUGCUCCAGGCCCCACUGUUUACUGCAGAAGCUUUGCUCAGAGCGCACGACUGGGAUAGGGAGAAAUUACUUGAAGCAUGGAUGUGCAGUCCUGAGAAUUGUUGCCAACGUUCUGGCGUCCAGAUGCCAACACCUCCUCCUAGUGGAUUCAAUGCCUGGGACACCUUACCUUCACCACGUACCCCUCGUACCACACGGUCAUCUGUCACUUCGCCUGAUGAGAUCAGCCUCUCUCCGAGUGACAUAGACACACCUCUGUGUGGCAUUUGCAUGUGCAAUAUUUCGGUCUUCGAGGACCCCGUGGAGAUCCCUUGUGGACAUGAGUUUUGUAGAGCAUGCUGGGAAUCGUUUUUAAACCUUAAAAUCCAGGAAGGAGAAGCUCACAAUAUCUUCUGCCCAGCCUAUGACUGCUUUCAGCUCGUUCCCGUGGAUGUGAUCGAAAGUGUGGUCUCCAAAGAGAUGGACAAACGAUAUCUCCAGUUUGACAUAAAGGCGUUUGUUGAAAAUAACACGGCUAUUCGAUGGUGCCCAACAGCAUCCUGUGAAAGAGCGGUUCGACUGAAGAAACAAGGAACCAAUAGUACUGGGUCUGAUACUCUGAACUUCCCAUUGUUACGAGCUCCUGCUGUGGACUGUGGAAAGGGACAUCUAUUUUGCUGGGAAUGUCUGGGUGAGGCUCAUGAACCUUGUGACUGCCAAACCUGGAAAAACUGGCUACAUAAGGUGUCCGAAAUGAAACCAGAAGAACUUGUGGGAGUCAGUGAAGCAUUUGAAGAUGCCGCCAACUGCCUGUGGUUGUUAACAAACUCCAAACCGUGCGCCAACUGCAAGUCUCCAAUACAGAAGAAUGAAGGUUGUAACCACAUGCAGUGUGCCAAGUGUAAAUACGAUUUCUGCUGGAUUUGCUUGGAGGAGUGGAAAAAACACAGCUCUUCCACUGGGGGCUACUAUCGCUGUACGCGCUAUGAGGUUAUUAAUCAAGUGGAGGAGGUAUCGAAAGAAAUGACAGUGGAGGCAGAAAGAAAACACAAACGGUUUCAAGAGUUGGACAGGUUUAUGCACUACUACACAAGAUUUAAGAACCAUGAACACAGUUAUCAGUUGGAGCAACGCCUCAUCAAAACAGCCAAAGAUAAGAUGGAACAGCUCAGCAGAGCUCUUAGUGAAGCCGAGGGCGGUAGCCCGGACACAACAUUCAUUGAAGAUGCUGUUCAAGAGCUUCUUAAAACCAGACGCAUUCUUAAGUGUUCUUACCCGUACGGAUUCUUUCUGGAACCCAAAAGCACAAAAAAAGAAAUUUUCGAACUAAUGCAGACUGACCUGGAAAUGGUAACUGAGGAUCUGGCACAGAAAGUAAACAGGCCUUACCUGCGCACACCGCGCCACAAAAUCAUUCGGGCAGCUUGCCUGGUGCAGCAGAAAAGACAGGAAUUUUUGGCAUCUGUGGCUCGAGGAGUGGCACCAGCGGAUUCACCAGAGGCUCCCAGGCGCAGUUUUGCUGGUGGAACGUGGGAUUGGGAGUACUUAGGAUUUGCAUCACCAGAGGAGUACGCAGAAUUCCAGUACCGAAGGAGACACCGGCAGCGUCGCAGAGGGGAUAUGCACAGUGGGAGAAGCAAUACCCCAGAUCCAGAUGAUCAUACAGAAAGUGCAUUAGAUGCUCUAGAAGUUCGUGGUAACAGAAGACAUGGUACUUCUAUGGCACUAAGUUCUUUAGAUGAAGAUGACCCAAACAUCCUUUUAGCUAUUCAGCUAUCUUUACAGGAGUCUGGACUUGCAGUGGAUGAAGAAACCAGAGACUUCCUAAACAAUGAGGCAUCUUUAGGAGCAAUAGGCUCAUCCCUACCAACUAGACUUGACCCAGCCCCAGUGAACAGAGAUAACCCAAGAUCUGCGUUGAGUAGCUCAGAGCUGUUAGAACUUGGAGAAAGUCUAGCUAGGCUUGGUGCCAGCAACGAUCCAUAUGGAACAGAUCGCCUUCUUGGAUGCCCUUUCAAUAAUGUGCAAGGUGGAUUGUGUUCGACAUCCAGCGACCUCGACUCAUCCAGUCAAGAUCCAAAUACAAAUGAAAAUCUUCUUGGCAAUAUCAUGGCUUGGUUCCAUGACAUGAAUCCUCAGAGCAUUGCCCUUAUUCCUUCUGCCACUUCAGAAACUGAUGUAGAUUUACAGCCACUUAAUGUCCAUGAACAACCGCCGCAUUCCACGUUAAGGGAAACAUCGCAUUGUCUACCAGAGGAUCAUGCACUUUUUCAGGAUGCACUAAUUAAUGAAGACCAAGAAAUUCGAACAGAAGAAAACAGUUAUGUGGAGAACAUACCUCCAAGUGAAGCAGUGUCGCAAAGCGAUGACCACACAAAUAAUAUUUUGAGCAGUAUGAACAGUUCUGAAGAUAUCUCAAAUAGGUCUCCAGAAGCUGCAAUUGAAUGGAUUGAGCAAGUACAUCUGGUAUGAACAUAACAAAACCAAACUACUACUCAUACAAACAUUCAGGCGCUAUGUACUUUACAAACCUCUGUUUCAGACCAUCCUGAUAAGUGGACCCUGAGCACUAAGGCAUUUCUAUGGGUCUUAGUCCAUGCAACCAACCAGAACCAAUCUCCUGCAUCUGUAAUUGAAUUUUGAUUGCCUUUUUUUUCCAAUGCAAGAAAUAAGUAAAGUGAAUUCUUCUUUUUAAUGAAAUGCAGUUAUUAUGUAGCCUUAGUUUGACAAUACUUACAUUAAAGUAUGAGUUCAGUAUGUUUCGUAUUGGACUUUAUAUUUUGCCCAUCUAAAAACACUGAAAAAAUGAGCACUCCAUUCAUUACUAAUGCUGUCUUUAUUACGUUAUUUACACUUUAUUAGGUCAGAUUUUUAAUUAGAGAUGCGAAAUCAGUGUGAGGCAAGUCUGUGGGAUUGGAGGAUGCUUUAGAAUCUGAGUUUUUUCAAUUAAUAUUCAUCUGUAAUUUUUUUUGUCUUUGCAAUGUAUUGCCGAACACUGACCAUUCAUAAACGGUCUUAACUGAACGCUCCUAGGUGGGCGAUAAAACCUAUUUUAUUAAUUCAAAACUAUGUCAUGGAUUUAUUUCGGUUUAUGUUAUGUUUAAAAUUAAAUGUUCAGGCAAACAGACUAAUCCUGAAUAUUAUGUAAGAAGUGAUCAAAUUCCACUUUACCACUGGACUUAAAUCAUCAAAAUAUAAUUCCAAGGCUGAAACCAGUUGACUAGUUGUUGGAUGAACAGUUGGGAAAAGGAAAAGUUUAAUAAAACUAACUUGAGGGGAAGUGUAUAAGGGAUCUCUGGGUUUAGACACUGAAAGUCAGAGUAAGUGACAAAUUGUAACGGGAUGAGUAACUGGUAGAGGGAUAUAUAGAAGUCUAUAUUUCCUUAUAAUGUGGAUUAUUUACACCAAUGAUGUUCAGUUGGAGUGCUUUAUUAUACAUCACCUGGAUUGUGGGAUACUUGGGUCAUACAGCUGUCUGACUAUAAUACUCUGGUUACCGCUAGCAGUGAUUGAUGGAGUUGUAGUACAGCAGCUGGUGAUCCCCAGUUGUCCGACUUUUCUCUAACCUAUAGAAACUUUGUUCUGGGGGAGAGUAUAAAGAGACAGAAACAAUAUCUUUAUUUGUGGGGGGGGGGAGUUUGGUUUGUUUAUGUGCUGUUUAGAGAAAUUUAGUUAUUUUUGCCUGAAAAAUAUUAUUUUUUGCUUAUCUUAUAUUCAUUUUUCUACUUUCUUUGUCAUUAAUCACCUGAUUUGUGUCUAUUUUUCUGUGCUAGAAACAAAGAGAAUUUUUUUGACUUUAUAGAAGGUUUCUAAAAAAAUAAAAGACAUUCCAAGCUUUCUAUGACCCUGAAAAGUAUUCAAAUUAUAUAUAUAUAUAUAUCACUUUUUGCCUAUCUUCAUAGACUAUAUAACAGCGCCUGAGCAACAUGUCUCCCCUCCCACCAUUGGAAGUAAUGUUUGGAGAGAACACAUUAACUUUCAUUUGCUUAUAAUGCCAGCUCUCGUUUAUAGUGUAUUAAUGGUUGUUCACUAGAAUAUGAAUUGUAAGAAAUUCAAAUUGGAUUUACAAUUUUAGGCUGAUGUAGCGGGACUGAAAUCAUAGAUGAGUAGAAUAUUUUUUCUAAUUCAGCUCUUUUAGCCUUAGAUUUGAAAUAGUUUUUGAAUUCCGUUGGAAUCUUCAACCUUUCGAACUUUUGUGAGUAACCGUGUCAGAGUUUCACUGGGGGGAACCGGAGCCAGGUAGGAGAAAUCUGAUCAGAGCCUUGGGAAUCCUAUCCCAAGGUAAAAUUAUUAUUAUAAAAUGUAUAGGUUGUGGGUUCCACACUAGUCAUUUUAAAUUAUAGUGAGUUAGUAGAAGAUGGGUUGGCAACUUAUAAACACAAUGGUGGUUAUGUAUGAAGAUUGAGAAAAGAUUUAUCUAGUUUGCUCUCCUUUAAGAACCAAUGGAUUUAUAAAUUACAAAAUAAUUGUUGCUUGGGUUUAUUUCCAUUAGUGUUUCUUUUAGUGGUUUUAGUGGCACCAACAGGUGACAUGACCACAUAUACGAUGACACCUGGGAGUUGGAGGGAAGACGUUCCGAUGUGCUCCCUCUUCACCUUCAGGUGUCAGGAUCUACAUUAAUGUUGUAAUCUAAAGUACAAAAUGAGGCCUUAUAACUCUAAAGUGACAGCUCCACUUCAACCCAAAUUUCUUAUUUGAAGUUGAAACUGAUUACCCAGUGUUUACAGUAAUAUGAUCGAUAUGAUUUAUAUAGCUUUACAAACAUUACAAUGAGAAUACAUCUGACCGCUACAUACUACAAUUAUUUAGACAUCCAUAAAAAUGAAAUAAAAUGGUAUAAUAAACAUUUAUUGUGGUAAUGUCCCUGCAGACAUUUAAAGUAUUGUCACACAAAAAUAACUCCUGGAAGUCCACACAAAUACAAUAAAUAUAUAUAAUCUGUCCAUGUGCCAAAAAAAAAGUUAAAUAGGCUCAGCUACACACACUAAAUAUAGUGUAUUUUUAAUUGUAGGUUUGGUAAUGUUUAUUUUCAAAUGACUUAUUAAACAAAUUGAUGUUUGGGGGAAAAAAGGGAUGGUGAACCUAGUGUGUGAGUGUGUGUGUGUGUGUGUGUGUGUAUAUAUUUAUGUAUACCAAAAAAUGUAUUUAGUAGGAGACAGCUUCAUCUAUAUUUUCUAAGUGCCAGAAGUGUAAGCAACACAGUUUUUGCUGUAAUAGUUAGGUGCUUCUAAAUACACUGCAAACCAACCUGACACUCAUGGUUUGCUAUAAAAAGCUUAGUAAAUGCCAAUAUAGAAAUUGUGCAGAACCUCCUUUUUAUUUUAAUUUUUUAUUUUUUUGAUCCUGAACAGUUGAGAAUUGCAAAAUUCUCUACAAAACAUGAUACAAUUUUUUUGCCCAACCUCACUGGAUUUCAUAAUGCAAUUUGGCAAAUUGGAAAAUGUCCUGCCUGUAUACAUCCACAAAUCAAUGUCAAACCAGGCUGCAGAUGCAGUUUUGGAGACUACAAUCUGCAUAAUGACAACAUUUCGCCUCCCACUGGAACAUUUGUCUACUGGUAAUUGCUAGGAGAUGAUGCUGUCUGAAGUAGUACAUAUUUUCUGUUCUUUUAAGUUACUAAAUUAAGAUUGGGCAGACAUGAAAGCCUUUCCAUCCACCCGUUUCAAACCUUCAACUCCUAUGCCCUCUGCCAGCUGGCUGUCCUGAGUCCACUGGGAGUUAAAGGCUAAAAGCAGCAGUAAAUCUAUAACUGACCAAACACAAGCCAGGUUUCUGUACCAGUAUACCAUGAAAACCGUGCAUUCAGAAGUGCAGGUUCCCAGCUAAACCCUCCAGAUUAAUAACAUCUUAGCUAUAAAUCUAAACGUAACUGCACAUUAUGGUUCCGUGCCUUUGCCUAUUUUCUAUCAGUAGAUGCCACGUUUUAAGCAACUUAUAGACAUCUAAAUAGUUUUUGUUCUGGAGUAAUCUUGCCACGGGAUGUGUACCAACCUCCGUAAACCACCCACGGCCUUGCUUUUACUAACCACAAAUCGGAAGUCUCAAUAUUGACAUGCAACUGCAGGUAACUAGACAACAAUGCUGUUCUAUGAGACUGCACAGGAUCUAUAUGCUGUGUGAUUGCUGUUUUAGAAUAGUAAAAAAGUUAAAA